CGGCUCCGUGGCACAGCCAGCAGCCCUGCCCGGGAGAGGAGCCGCUGGGCGCACACCCAGGGCGUGAGGGGGGCAUGGAGGAGGCACCCAUGGAGCAGGGCGUGAAGUGGGCUACGGAGCUGAUUGACCAGAAGCUGGAGGAGCAGGAGGUGAGACCCUGGCGGCUCAAGAGCCAGGCCCCCAAGAUGCCGCCAGCGGUGGCGAGAAUGGACACGCCAGAGCUGGAGGACGAGAAGCGCCGCGGCCCCGUUCACUGGGGCAUCGAGGGGCUCAAGGGCCAGGGGCGGGAGAGGAAAAGCUCGCUGGACCUGCGCCGGGAGAUCAUCCACGUGGGCGGCAUCCAGUACCUCUUCGAGCUGCGCAAGACGCGCCGGAAACGCAGGGAGGAGAAGGCGGCGCCGGAGCCCGAGCCCGAGCCGGAGCCUGAGGAGAUCGUGGGCCCUGUGGAGGAGGAGGCGUUCCUGAGGGCAGCUGUGCAGGGCAAGAUCCGUGUUAUUGAGAAGUUCCUGGGGGACGGGGGCUCCCCUGACACCUGUGAUGAGUUCCACCGGACGGCCCUGCACCGUGCCUCGCUGGAAGGGCACAUGGAGAUCCUGAAGACGCUGCUGGACCAUGGCGCUGCCGUGGAUUUCCGAGACCGGCUGGACUGCACGGCCGUGCACUGGGCCUGCCGGGGGGGACACCUGGAUGCCGUGAAGCUGCUGCAAGACCGAGGCGCUGACCUCAACCUGAAAGAUAAGCUCCUGAGCACCCCCCUGCAUGUGGCGACCCGAACUGGGCAGACUGACAUUGUGGAGCACCUGAUCAACACAGGGGUGGAUGUCAACUCCCGGGACAGGGAGGGGGACAGCGCGCUGCAUGACGCCGUGCGGCUCAACCGCUACAAGAUCAUUAAGAUGCUGAUCCUGUACGGGGCGGACAUGAUGGCCCAGAACCUGGCAGGAAAGACCCCCACAGAUCUGGUGCAGCUCUGGCAGGCAGACACCCGGCAGGCGCUGGAGACGCAGGAGCCUGGCGAGACGGAGGCCCCGGCGUGAGGGGUGGGCGGAAGGGCCCUGGGCUGGGGAACGGGACCCAUUGCACGACUCCCAGCUGCGUGAAUCUCAGAAUAAAACCCAGUGAACAAGA